GGUGCUGCACCGCGGCCUUAGUUUCUCUGUAGUGGCCGGUUCGAGAAGAGCUGCCACGAGGGAAAACCAUUCUCCCCUUCCAACACGGGCGUCUGUGCGGCCCGAAUUACAGACAACCGAGCGUCCAACAGUUCUGACUCGCCAUGUCGUAUUGCACGCGCGUUCUUCGUGCACAGAGAUUGUCCGCUUUAGCGGCGGAUAUACAGCAACGAUGCUUCAGCGCGAGCCCGUUAAGCUUCGCCGCCACGAAGGUGGCGAUGUCCAAAUUCGAUUCAGUCAGCUAUCUCCCUUAUGAUAAAUUGGAAGAAAAUCUUAAAGUAGUUAAGAAGAGACUAAAUCGACCAUUGACUCUGUCUGAAAAAGUUUUAUAUUCUCAUCUCGAUGAACCUGAUAAGCAAGAAGUCACUCGCGGCACCAGCUAUCUUCGAUUACGACCUGAUCGUGUCGCCAUGCAGGAUGCAACUGCUCAAAUGGCUAUGUUGCAGUUUAUCAGUUCUGGCCUACCGAAAGUCGCAGUACCUUCUACAAUCCACUGCGAUCACUUAAUCGAGGCUCAAAUUGGUGGAAAUGAGGAUCUAAAACGCGCCAAAGAUCUCAACAAGGAAGUUUAUAACUUUUUGAAGACAGCGGGUGCUAAAUACGGCGUUGGCUUCUGGAAUCCUGGCUCCGGCAUCAUCCAUCAAAUCAUCCUUGAAAAUUAUGCCUUCCCCGGGCUAUUGAUGAUAGGUACUGAUUCUCAUACCCCUAACGGAGGUGGUCUAGGUUGUCUGUGCAUCGGUGUUGGCGGUGCUGAUGCCGUCGAUGUCAUGGCGAAUAUUCCGUGGGAGCUGAAGUGUCCCAAAGUUAUUGGAGUAAAGCUCACGGGUGAACUCAAAGGUUGGACCAGUCCCAAGGAUAUCAUCUUGAAAGUGGCUGGUAUCCUCACUGUCAAGGGUGGCACUGGCGCCAUCGUCGAGUACUUUGGACCCGGAGUUGACAGCAUCAGUUGCACCGGCAUGGCCACCAUUUGUAACAUGGGUGCCGAAAUUGGCGCGACUACCUCGAUCUUCCCGUAUAAUUACAGGAUGCAGGAUUAUCUGAAAGCGACUGGACGCUUGGAGAUUGCUGGAGCCGCCGAUCAACAUAAGGAAAGUCUGUUAACGGCUGAUUCUAACGCCAAAUACGAUCAGAUUAUCGAAUUAGACUUGUCCACUCUGGAACCACACGUGAACGGACCGUUCACGCCGGAUUUGGCUCAUCCGAUUUCUAAGUUAGGCGAAGCUGCUAAGAAGAAUGGCUGGCCAAACGAGAUCAAGGUCGGUCUGAUCGGUUCCUGUACUAAUAGUUCUUACGAGGACAUGGGUCGAUGCGCGAACAUCGCCAAACAAGCUCUGAAGCAUGGUUUGAAGGCGAAAUCCGCGUUCAAUGUUACACCUGGAUCUGAGCAAAUUCGCGCAACAAUCGAGCGCGAUGGAAUUGCACAAACGCUUCGUGAAUUCGGUGGUACAGUAUUAGCUAAUGCUUGCGGGCCCUGCAUUGGUCAAUGGGAUCGCAAAGACAUCAAGAAAGGAGACAAGAAUACGAUUGUCACAUCGUACAAUCGAAAUUUUACCGGUCGAAAUGAUGCCAAUCCAGCAACACACGCAUUCGUUACAAGUCCCGAACUUGUCACUGCCCUUUCUAUCGCUGGCAGACUUGAUUUCAAUCCGGUGUCAGACAAAUUAAAGGGCAAGGAUGGAAAGGAAUUUCUGUUGGAUAAUCCAUAUGGUGACGAAUUACCUAAUCGCGGUUUUGAUCCCGGUGUGGAUACUUAUGAUGCACCACCAGCAGACGGUAGCAAAGUUAAAGUCGAUGUAGACCCUAAGAGCCAAAGAUUGCAGUUGCUGGAACCUUUCGAUAAGUGGGAUGGCAAGGAUCUGGAAGAUCUAACAAUCUUAAUUAAAGUCAAAGGCAAGUGCACCACGGAUCACAUCUCUGCAGCUGGUCCAUGGCUCAAAUAUCGUGGACAUCUCGACAAUAUUUCCAACAAUAUGUUCAUUGGCGCUGUCAAUUCUGAAAACAGCGAGAUGAAUAAGAUUAAGAACCAGCUAACGAAUGAAUGGGGUGCUGUGCCUGACGUCGCGCGCGAUUACAAGAAGAAGGGCAUAAAAUGGGUCGCAGUGGGUGAUGAGAAUUACGGCGAAGGUUCCUCUAGGGAGCACGCUGCCCUGGAACCACGCCACCUCGGAGGCCGUGCCAUCAUUGUCAAGAGUUUCGCUCGUAUACAUGAAACGAAUUUGAAGAAGCAAGGUCUCUUGCCUUUGACCUUCUCUAAUCCUGCUGAUUAUGAUAAAAUUCAGCCCAACGACAAAAUCAGCCUACUCGGCUUGAAAGAUCUGGCACCUGGCAAGCCGGUCAAAGCACAAAUCAAGCACAAGGACGGCAAAGUGGAUACCAUCAGUCUGAACCAUACGAUGAAUGAGCAGCAAAUCGGUUGGUUCAAAGCCGGUUCCGCCUUAAAUCGUAUGAAGGAAAUAUCAAGUGGCAGACGAUAAGAUAACCGCCGAUUGAGUAUUCAUUCGAUUGUGCGUAAGGCAUUUGUAGAAAAUGGGAAGAAAAAAACAUACUGAAUGGGGCGAAGCCGAUCAGGGUAAUAUAAUGUCAUCUCUGUUCUUGUGGAUAAGCGAAUGAUACGAUAUGAGGCAACCAUCGUAGCUCAAGCAACAUAAACAUCUAAAAUAUAUCGUAAAAUUACCAAAAAUACACUUUUAAAGAUGGAAUUUAAGUAUACUGUUUUACGUAUAUUUUAGAUGUGUAGUGUGUUGUUAAAGUAAAUUUAGUUAACUGUUGCCUUUUGCUUCACUUUUACUCGACAAUAUUAAUCACGUACAUGACGCGGAGAAGACGUGCGUUCGUAAAUUUGGAAACUCUGACGGACGGAGCCUUAUUUAACGUCAAUGCGUAGUCACGUAUGAGUCGAUACGUUCGUUUCGAAACUCGUGUACAGUUCGAGGCGUUGCUACAUGUACAUACAUAUACUCAUCAUCAGUGAGAAAACGCCAUCGUCAUUACCUAGUUGUUAACUGAUUUUAGAAGAAUGUACUAUUUCAACAAAAGCCAAAUAAACUAUUAGCCAACAA